GCUCGUGGGCCUCGUCGGGCAGGAGGGGAGGGGAUGGGCGGCCGGACCAGCGCUGCCGCGACGCCGGUGCUGCUCAACGUGUACGACCUCACGUCCGCGAACGAUUACCUCUACUGGCUCGGCUUCGGCGUCUUCCACUCUGGAAUCGAAGUUCAUGGCAUGGAGUAUGGAUUUGGAGCCCAUGACUUCCCGUCCAGUGGUGUGUUUGAGGUGGAAUCAAAGACUUGCCCUGGCUUUGUCUAUAGAAGAACGGUAUGGCUAGGCACAACAGACAUGUCUCAGGAAGAAUUCCGCACGUUUAUUGAAAAACUUGCAGGGAAGUAUCAUGGGAACACAUAUCAUUUGGUUAAUAAGAACUGCAAUCAUUUCACGGACGAUGUUUGUCAGAACUUAACUGGGAAACCCAUCCCUUCCUGGGUGAAUAGGCUUGCGAGAGUAGGUUCAGUUUUUGAUUGUCUUCUACCGGAAAGCGUUCAAGUUUCUCCUGUGGGUCGUGUCCCAACUCGUCGUCAAAGUUCUGACGAUGAUUUGCAUUCAAUACACUCUCCUAUCAUUGAGGACAGUGACAAUGAUGAGGACGAGGCCAAGCACCUGCUGCCAACUCCAUCCAAUGACAUGCAUUCUGUAGAUGUGCCACCAAAGCUAGCGAAAGAUCAUCUCUGAAUUGCUCCAUGCUCAUAGACACCUCCCAUACUGUAACUACAACUCGUGUAGCUGUUGGUGCUAAAGGGAUUCUCUAGACAAUGGCUUGACGGGCCAGUACAGUCAAGCUCGCCAUUGGUUGGUGUAGCUAUACACAGAUAGAGUUUAACUAUACUCGCUGCUUAGCAGUUAGCACUGCCUUGCUGUCUUUGUACCGGCAGGUGACUGUCAUCCAUGGUAGAUUGGUAGCAGCAGCAUGAUAUUACUGUGUCAUUUAGCAAAGCUGGAAAUCGCAAAAUGGGUUCCAGUAUCUAUUAGGACCGAAGGUGUAAAAUAUUGCCUUAGCUUAAUGCUUUCUGAGCCGAGACAAUCACUGUAAUAAAAGUUAUCACAGAACGGGGUUUAUGUACAUGGCUAUUGAGUAUUAA